AGUACAGCGCGACAAAGGGUGUGGAGAUUCAGAAGCGCGGCCAUGGCUCUGCUCAAGUUUCCCUGUUGCGUCGCACUUGUGAUUUUAUUCGCCAUCGACGCGUCACACUGCAGAUAUCAACCGACCUGGGACUCCUUGGAUACCCACCCGGUGCCCCGAUGGUACGAAGACGCUAAAAUUGGCGUCUUCAUUCACUGGGGAGUGUUUUCCGUUCCCAGCUACGGCAGUGAAUGGUUCUGGUACCUGUGGGAGGGUUCCAAGAGACCCGAUGUCGUCCGUUUCAUGUUGGAGAACUACAAGCCCACUUUUACUUACCAAGAAUUUGCGCCGAUGUUUACAACGGAGUUCUUCAACCCCGAGCAGUGGGCCGAACUUUUACGCUUGUCGGGUGCAAAGUACGUUGUGUUGACGAGCAAGCAUCACGAAGGCUACACGCUCUGGCCGUCCAAGUAUUCACCGAACUGGAACUCGAUGGACGUCGGACCGCACCGUGACCUCGUCGGAGAACUCGCCGCAGCCGUCAGGGCUACGGCACCCGAUGUUCACUUCGGUUUGUAUCAUUCCCUCUUUGAGUGGUUCAACCCACUGUAUCUGGACGACCGGGCUCACGGGACGAGGCGUUUUGUGCUCGAAAAGACCAUGCCAGAACUUUACGAACUCGUACUCGGAUACAAACCGGAGAUAGUGUGGUCUGACGGCGACUGGCUGGAUUCCGACAGCUACUGGAACAGUACAGGUUUCCUGGCGUGGUUGUAUAACGACAGUCCCGUUAAGGAUACUGUCUUGUCCAACGACCGGUGGGGUAUGGGCAUUAGGAACAAGCACGGAGACGUCUGGACAGGUCAAGACAGGUACGACCCCGGAAAGCUCAUCGAGCACAAGUGGGAAAAUUGCAUGACGAUCGAUCGUUACUCCUGGGGUUAUCGAAGGAACGCUCAGCUCCAGGAUUACUUGACGAUCGAGGAGUUGCUUGCAGAACUGGCGGAGACCAUCAGUUGUAACGGCAAUAUUCUGAUCAACGUGGGACCCACAAAGGAUGGCGUCAUCGCGCCGGUGUUUGAAGAACGCUUGCGUCAGUUGGGGUCCUGGCUGAAUGUGAACGGGGAGGCGGUGUACGCUACGAGGCCGUGGAAAGCGCAGAACGACACCGUCACCCAUGGUGUUUGGUACACUGCUAGUGCGGACGGUAGGAAGGUGUACGCGCUCGUUCUGAAGUGGCCUAAAGGAAACAAGCUCAUUCUGGGAGACGUCAAUUUGACAAAAGGAUCUCGCGUAUUUAUGCUGGGCUACGACAGGGAGCUCCAGUAUGAAACAGGGACAGCGGGGAUUGUGGUAACCUUCCCUGAACUAACGCCAGAGUCGCUGCCCUGUAAAUGGGCUUGGGCUCUGAAGUUUGAAGGAACUGUCUAGAGCGUGUUGAGAAAGACUCGCACACGAUGUUUGCAUCACGGUUGCAUAUCGUUCAUCUCCCGCUUGCCAUGCACGUGCUACCCUCCUCCUCUUCAACAUUCACGCGAUUCACGUGAAAACGAAUAGUGUGUACUAGAGCACUAGUGUGUACUACAGUUACUACUAUACCCGUGUCAGACAGUAUUCGAAGUGAUAGUUCACGAAAAGGGACUUUUGAUCUUUGUCAGAUUUUGUCAGACGAUUUUUGUCAGACGACUCGUAUCAAGGAACCUCUUGCUGCCAGCUUCUUGCGUCAUCCCGUUUCAUUCUGUGCCUCCGUACUAAAGUUGUCAUCUUACAAAAACCUUCCCAACGUAGUUAUAAUCUGGAUCUGGACGGACUCCUUUUGCCACAUUAAGAUGUUUUAUCUUUCACUCGAGAAGCGAUGUGGUCGGAUGCUGUUAUCGAAAGUACCCUGUCUUGAAACAUAAAGGUCGUUGGGGGCCGUUGGGCGUAAAGGGCAAUUUUUAAAAAAGGACCUUUACGUUGCGGUCUGACAGAGUUGUCAAAUGAAAAUUCCCCAAAGACCCGUGGGCUUAUCGUCUGACAGGGGUAUACACACAUACCCUACUGCAUAUCACUCCAUGGGUGACACUAUGCCAGGGAAAUGCAAUACCUUCUGGACAGGUCCUGACCUGACGUCAUUGCAAACGUCAUCAUACACGCAACCAUAAUUAAAUAACGGCACCCAUGAUCGAACCGUUUCUUAACCACGGCCUAUAAGUAGUAGCAAUUAACUGCUAAAAAAGAAGAAAAGAACGCGUAAACAAUGCAACUGUCGCACUGUGCGUCGUUUUGUAACGUCUCGCGAUUUAUGCCAAUAAAUUUCACGCGAUAAUC